AUGGCCCAAGCGAAUGAUGAAUGCUCUUCUAAAAGUACGGACGAUUCUCUUAGCUCUGAAGAGGACGAUCAGACACAGCGACAUUCACAUGAGCUCGAUAAUACUAUAACGGCAAUUCGUCAAUUAAUUGAAGACAACAGGCAAGAUGAGGCAAACAAGCGCAUAUUGGAUACAUACAAUCGUCUGGAGAAGUCAUAUAAAUCCCAAAAUGACAGACAAUAUCUGGACUACACGCAUUAUCUGCUACUUUGUUCCGGGUUGUUUAGAGAGAUUUCUAAUCACUCAAUGGCGCUGGAAUCAUACUACACAGUUAUUAUUCACCAACCUGAUGAUGAGCUGGAUUUUCCGGAACACAUGUACUCGGCCAAAAUCUUAUGGGAUGACUUUUUCUCUUCGUGCGAUCAGAUUGAGGAUAUAUCAAAGAUGGCUCAGAGGUUACAAAUAAUGGCAGAUGUUUACCAAGAGACAACAGGAGGAGGAGAAUACAAUUUAGCAUAUACGUGUAUCCACAGUAGUCUGCGGAUAACUUUCCAAGUUUUACUGCAGAAACAAAUGGCACCUCGUUAUAUCAAGGACAUGGAUAGAGUUUUUGCUGACAAUGCAACACUCUUAGAGACAUGGGCACUGGCGUUGAAAAAGGAGGGAAAGUUUGAUAUCGCUUUGAAGAAGACAAAAGACGCCCGGGAGUUUGCUAAGAAUCCUGUCCAAAGACGAUCGCUGGAUAAGCUGGAGAAAUUUAUAGUCGAUGCAAUGGAGCAUGAAAGGUCCUUGAGAGAAAAGGAAUCUCCUGAUCCUGAUUGGUUGGCUGGCACAAACAUCAACGAACCGUCCCAGAACAGCAAACGAAAAGAGGACCUAAAGAGAACCCAUGUCAACCACAAAAGAAGUAGGCCGAAAUCCAGACUCAAACUUGUUUCAUCCUUCAUGAAGACUACGAGCUGGGAUACUAUUGACUUUGGAACAGAAUCAUUUCCAGAACCAUUUUGGUUCCAUAACAGAAGUGAACAAAAGAGAAAGAAGAGACGCAAAACAGCACGCUUAAGGCAGGUUAAUCAAAUAACUGAUGCUACUAAUUCUUCAGAGUCCGAAGAGCAGCAGAGUUUAGUCGAAAGUGACGACGAUUUUGAAGAAAUUUCACAAACAUUGAAAUCCAGUCGAUUCGAUAAAAGUUUGAAGAUUGAUAUCGACGAGGAUAAUGAUAAUGAACCUCCAGUCAAAUCUUUCUUCGAUGAAAGUGUAACAAUGCUUAGUAAAAAAGGCGAGAGUUCAAUGCAUGAGAGCGAUAUCAUUCUGAAUGGGAUGGACCUAUCCGAUUCUUUUGUCACCAAAAUUAUCCCGAGAAAUCAAAACCAAACUGAAUAUAGAGAAAACUUACCAGUUGCAAAAUUGAAUGCCUUGCUUAGAUCUCGACCAAAGACAUACAAAAGAUGUACUCUUCAAAUACACUCUGCACAUAAAUCGGUAUGCCCUUUGAUUAAACCAGAAGGAAACUUGACAGAAAUUGAAAUUAGUGGUCGUUCUAGGUGCGGCAAACACUUUACAGGAGAUGAAGUAGUAGUGGAGGUGUUCAACAAACCGAAACGUUCAGGAAAUUCCAGGAUGAGCAACCCAAAGGAAACCAUUACAAACGGUCAGAUUGUUGGGAGGUUGAAAAGAAAUCAAUUUCCUACCAUUAAACAUCCAGUUAUGGUGUGUGAGCUUGAUAGUCACGAAUAUCACCAGAUGAGACCACUUGAUAAAACAGUACCAAAGUUCAAUCUUUAUCGCAGGAAUCGGAGAGAAGAAAACUUGUUCCAGGUUGAUGUCUUCAACUAUGAUGAGAAGAGCAAAAACUUAAAAUUUAAGGAACAUUUUAGCAUAAACCCUGCAAAAAAACACAGCUAUGUAUUCCUGGUUGUUUAUAUACGUUGGGAUGGAGUAUAUCCAUUGGGAGCGGUUAUCAAAGUUAUUGAAUCGGACGGUAAAUUCGAUAGUGGCUUGAAAAUCUUAGAGCUUCAGCACCAGGUACCAACUACGUAUGGACCAGAUACCGUAAAAGGCGUACAGUGCCUGACAGAAGCGAACGAAAAGGAAGAAGUGGAACUGGACAUGGACGACCCAUUACUAUUGCAUGUUUUCACUAUAGAUCCCAAAAACUCAAGUGAUUUGGAUGAUGCACUCAGUGUUAGAACGCUACCCAAUGAGGAAAUUGAGGUUGGGGUCCAUAUAUCCGAUGUUUCCAGUUAUGUUCACAAAGGAGAAAGCAUAGACAAGGAGGCAAAAUUUAGGGCAAAGACAUUUUAUCAAGAGAAACAAGGUUAUCACAUGUUACCGGAGCCUCUCAGUCAAAACCGUUGUAGCUUACUACCGAAUAAACAAAGGCGUUCACUUUCAACGUUUUUCCGUUUCAGUUCUGACGGUAGUUUGAUAGACGAAUCUCCCUCCAUUAAAAAAACAGUGGUAACAUCAAGACACAAAUUUUCAUAUGAAGACGUUCAGACCAUUCUGGAUAAUGACAGCUGUACUAGCAUGUUGAAUUCCGAAAUCAGAACGUUAUUUAAGAUUUCAAAUAAUCUCAGACGUAGCCGUCUUGGUGAUUCCUUGCAAAGCAAUGAUGCAAUCAAAACCUAUUUGGAUACGGAUCUUGAUUCAACAUCGUACACGGCAGAAGCACACUGUAUCGUUGAAGAAUUGAUGAUACUGACCAACAGAACUGUCGCAAAGAUUGUGUGCUCACGGUUUCCGAAUUGUGCAAUUCUGAGAUGUCAAGAUGCCCCUGCUGAUGCAAGUGUUCGUCAAUGGCUAUCAAAAUAUCCGUCGGUAUCACAUUUAAUCAUGCGGCUUCAAAAUACUAGUACCACAUCACACAGUCAACUCAGCAUCGCAAACCUUCAAAAGAAAAUAAAGAGUAAAAACACUCCAAUCGAAAUACAAUCGUGGGUGUGGUCAUUUCUGGAACAAUGUGCAAGAGAAAGGGAUUUUCGGAAAGCGUGGGAGGUCAUUGGAUGCGAUGACUUGCAUCCACAACAAGCUCUAGCAUUGCACGAGUGGAAGACAUUUCAAGAGGUAGCCCAGUACAAAUGUCACAAUUCAUCGGCGGACACCGGCAAAUCAACGCAUUUUUCCCUAAAUAUAUCGCCAUACAUACAUUUCACUUCACCGAUCCGUCGAUAUGCAGAUCUCAUAAACCAACGUCUUGUUCAUGCUGCCCUCGACGAUAAGGUUUCGCCUUAUACGACGUCUGAAAUUGAAGAAAUAUGUCUUCAUCUGAACGAGGUGUCAAGACGAGCAAAACAAUUUGAGAGCCAAUGCAAAGCACUACAUCGUGGUCAUAGCCUUCGAAAAAAUCCAGCCGUAUGCAAUGGUUUUAUUGAAGAAGUAACAUCUGACAAAAUAUCACUAUACUUCCCGGGAAAGCAAUCUUCGACACGAAGGAACAAAGAAAUACGCAUGAAACUACUUAAUGUUUCAUGCAACCCUGAGAUGAAAAAAGACACGAAAAGACCCUUCGACAUCGUAUCGUUGGCUUGGCAGAAACGAAUCUACUCCUAUACAGGGGUCGGACGAUCUAGCAGAUACCAGGUCCGCAUUGAUCCACAUCAAAGAGCUUCCUUUCAACAACAAUCCCGCUGGAUAAAUGUUCAGAAAGCCUGCAUUGACCAAAAUCAUAAGGAAUUCAAAAAUAUCAUGUCUGCAAACUCCCAUUACCUUGAAGACAAUCAAAUGAGAGGAAAUGUUCCCGCAUGUUACGAAACUGUCAAUGACGUUAGUUGUGAAGAUAACGAAAGCGCAUUUCCGUUACAUUUUUGUAAAUUCACAAUGUCGUUCAAUCAUGCACAAAUUAUGUCGGUCCAACUAGGGGCGGAUUCCAAUAAAGGUAUCUUAGAACCUUCCCCGCAACUUUUGGAACUCACGAAAAAUGUAAAACUCUGUCUGCAGCACACUAGUGAUCCUGUUAAGUACCUUACCAAAUAUGCAAGGACAUGCAGUUCACCUUAUUAUGACAGUGUCGACUCCUAUCUGGGCAUAUGGCUGCCUUUAUUACGAAUGGAAGCUGCAACGUUUGCAACUAGAAAUGAUUCCGUCACAGUCAAUGACGUUCCUGUUAAAAUACGUGAUGGCUAUGGGACAUUUGAUUUGCUUACCUCUUUUUGCGAAGACAGACACAUCAAAUUCAGCAAUACAUCUUUUGAAAAUCUUUUAAAAGGAGAAAGCGAGAAAGAGAAAACAGACAACGCAAACGCUUUUGCAAAUUCUGAUUUCCUUUGUUUCAAAUGUCCAUAUGAAAUCAAUGACUUGACCACAACGUUGCCGAAGGGACACCCUGAACGAAGACGUAUAUGGUUGGCGCAUGGUCAAAUUGAAAGCGUACAAAAAGUCAAGGAUCCCGCUAUACUAAAGGUUCGUUUCCUGCUGCAUCCAACAAGUCCUUCGCCUCCAAAGCGGUUAACAAAUGGAAGAAGCAAGCCAAAAUGUAGUGUUGAGCUAAUGGCGAACCCAGUUCCAUGCAGCCGACCAGAAUCCGCCCUGCAGUGCCUCAAGUUCGCCAAUAGCUUUGCAAAAGCAAUUGCACUGGGAAAAAUUAUUCCACUAUCAAAUGUCGAUCGAACGAGAAGUGAAUUGAAAACGGAGGUGAAAGGAAAUCGCUUGGCGCCAAAUAAUCUUGAGCAAGAUGAGGCUAUACGUGCCUCUUUAUACCAACAGUUUACCCUGAUACAGGGACCUCCUGGAACAGGGAAGACAUACACUGGAAUGAAGUUGUUGUACCUCUUCACUGAAAUCAACAAGGAAAAGGCACAGGCAGGCGACACCAAGCAGCAAACAGUCUUUUGUGGUCCUUCUAACAAAUCCGUCGACAAUGUGGCAAAGUGGACAAUUCGAAAACUCGGGGAAAAAGCGCCAAAGCUUAUCCGAGUAUAUAGCUCAGCACAUGAAUUUUGCGAUUAUCCUAUCCCGGGGAAAAUGCAUUCAAAAAGAGAAGAUCAACGACCGGAUGAAGAACUGAGCAGCAUAUCACUCCAUCAUCUCAUCCGAAAGAAAGACAAACCAUACGCACAAAAGAUAAAGGAAUACGAUGCAUAUUUUGGCAAGCUACGUAGUGACGUUUUCAGAAAUGCCGAGCAUGCAAGAGAAUUCAAAGUGAAAAUGAAGGAAUUGAAAACAAUCAGGUACCAGGCAGAGCUUGAAGAACUUCAGCACUAUGACGUAAUUUUCUGUACAACUGCAAUGACUACCAAUCCGACAUUCAUCAGAGCGACAAAAAACAAGAUAAGACAAUGCAUUAUAGACGAAUCUGGAAUGUGCACUGAGCCAGAAUGCAUGGCUGCCAUCAUUGCCACGCAAGCAGAGCAAGUGGUGCUUAUCGGAGAUCAUAAACAACUUAAACCUGUUGUUACGUGUCAAGAAGCCGCUAAAUUGGGCCUGGAGAAGUCCCUCUUUGAGCGAUAUGCUGACAAAGCUAUAUUUCUGAGGACACAGUACCGAAUGAAUCCUUCAAUAUGCGAGUUUGUUUCAAAUCAGUUUUAUGACAGAAUGUUAAAGACGGCUCCGUCCCUCGCAUGGGAAGCAUAUCGUCCUCUACGCAUGUGGAAAGACCCUCUACAUCCAUACAUAUUUUGUCAUGUAGAAGGGGAGGAGGAAUACCUUACUGUUUCGACUGAAGAAGGGAACGAAAAGUCAUGCAGCAACCGGGAGGAGGUUAAAGAGGUGGUCAAAGUUUUUCGCUACAUGAUAAAAGACAGUGUAAAUCCACGGUUUAUCAACAUCAUGUCUCAGUACAGGGCACAGUGCCAUGCUAUCGAGGAAUCUCUCAAAGAAUGCAGGUUUACCGAUUACAACGUCAACACCGUGGUUUCAAGUCAAGGUGGAGAAUGGGACUACGUCAUUUUCAGUACCACCAGAUCAUUGCCUGACUAUAAGAUUGAACCCAACCCCACACUUGGUUGGCGUAAAGAGAACCUUGGAUUCAUCACUGACGAGCACCAGAUAAAUGUCGCACUUUCUAGGGCCCGUAAAGGUCUCGUUAUCAUAGGAAACACACACCUCUUGAGAACUGAUCCAGUCUGGUCACAACUUCUGGCAUAUUAUGAGAAAGAUGGAUGUGUUGUUUCCAGGAGGGAAUAAUCAGUAGAUAUAUCCGAGGGACACGGGUGGAGCUCUAUGGCACUUGUAACACGUGAACAUUGGAAUAUGUUAAAUCAUGGAUGAACGUUGUAGUGUUUGAGCCGUCUCAAACAUAUCUAUAGUUGAAUCACGACGAGAUGUUAUGAAAUACAAUGUUGAAGGUUGGUCAAGAACAAAUAUAGCCAGUAUGAUAACAUUUUGACA